AACAAAUUAUUUUACAAUAACUACCUAGUUAUUCAAGUGGUGAACACACUUACCUUCACACUUAACUGCGUGACUGUUCAGAGGGAAUAGUCAGGGGUGAACUGUUACUGUACAUGCUUUUGUUCUGAUGUCCAGGCGUGCAUGCUGAGUCAGAGAGACUGAAGGCGUCUCUGGUUGAGACAGCCUGUGAGCUCACACAGCUCCAGAGAGAGAGUGACAUGCUGAGGGAGGAGAGAGAGAGGCUGACAGAGAGGCUCGCACACUCUGAGGACAACAACAGGAGCCUGGAAGGCUCACUUAGCUCCACACAGGAAGAGAUAGACAGGUUGGAGGAAGUAAUAAUAAGUAUAGGAAAUAGUAGGAGUCCAAUCUCCAGACUCCUUCAUCCCAGCCUUGACUGUUAAUAUUCCAUUGAAUUAUAGCCUGGGGCAGAGUUUCUUUGGCUUGACAACGGUACUGCAGAACAGAUGGCUAAAACAGAACUGGCUCUCAGGCUGAUCGAGUUAGAUGUUGACAGACAAAUAGUAGACUUGAUGUGAGUUUAUUUCACUGUCUAAGGUUGAAGGGAGAACUCGAUGCCUAUCAAAAACAGCUCACCAACAGCAAUGAGCUCCUCAAGUCAUUUUGUGAGGAGAUGCAGGGGUCCGAGCAGAUGAGGACAGCUGCAGUCAACCCCACUGGUAAUGUAUACAAGAAGGUCCCUCACUUCUUCUCUCCAUCUACAGUUAUUCUUGCUAGAUGUGAUGUUGAUUCUGUUGAGUUGCUACACUUUCAUCCAACAUCAGAGUUUGGAGGCGGUCUCCCGGACAACCCCAAGCUAAAUCAACUCCUCUCUGAGAUCCAGCGAAUCAGAGCACAGCUUGCCGAUAAGGAUACAAUACAGACUAAAGCCACAGAGGAGAAACACCCUGAGCAUUCUGGUUGGCCAGAGUGCCCUCCAAUGAUCAUCAACAUCAACUAUGUGGAGUGUGGAGCAUCCAGGCAUUCAAGCAGGAGCAGUCCUUCAGGGAGAAGAGAUCAUGCCAAGAAGGACAAUGACAACCUCUCACAAAGCAGCCUUACCUCCAGCAUAGAUGACUCGGUCCCAUCCUUAUUGAACAGUAGCCUAUCCCCACUGUGGGCAAAUGACAAGAGCCCUAAUGUCACUGGCCAGGAAGAUAAUCGCAUCAACAUGCAGAGACUGAUAUCAGAAGGGAAGACAAUGACCAAUAAGAUGAGUAGGCUACUACAGGGGUGCCACAACAACAACUCCAAUCCCACGUCACAGUCAGCAUUUGAUGUCACUCCGAUUCAGGUGGACCAGAAGUACAUCAAGCAUCUCUCAUCUACCAUCGGUGCCUGUCAUCUUCUGAGGCUCCAAGAGAAGCGUUCUCAGAGUGACUCUGUGAAUUUCUCCCAGAGCCAAGAGAAUUUCUACUUGGAAAAUCUGAAACUGAAGAAUAAAAUUGAGAUAAUGAAGAGGGAGCAAUCUCAAAACAAGAAGAUGCUUUCUGAGGCUGUCAAACGACUGAGAAGAGUGAACCUGGGGAAAGUAGGGAGAGUGAGUGAAUAGCAGCAAAUGAUCAUCAUUCCACUAAGCCAAUCUUUGUUUCAUGGAUUCAAAUAGAAAGAAUUGGAGCUU